AUGACAAUACGAUAUUCUACUGUGUAUUACAGUAUUACACGUUCUUUAUUGAGGCCGACUCUAACUUUGUCCUGUCUAGCUCAAUACAGAUUUAAAUCCAAUAUUCCUCAUAAAGAUGUGCUAUUGAAAUCAACUACUAAAAGUGCUCAAAGUCUACCGCCAACAAAAUGUAUAAAAAGGCAUGAGCCAAAGACACUCUUAGAAGAAAUGAAAUCGGCAGAGCAAUCAAGAAGGGCAAAAUUAUCACCAAACCAUACUAUUCCGCCUUGGAUCAAAAGAGUAUUAACACAGAAGUCAAAAUACGACCAAUGGAAUCCCAAGCGGAAACUAAGCAGACAAGAGAUGAUCAAAGUCAAAGAGCUUAAAGAGACAUUUCCACAAUAUAGAACGAUUGAUUUGGCUCAGUUUUUCCAUAUAUCACCAGAAGCUAUACGACGCAUUUUGAAAAGUAAAUGGGUACCAAAUGAUAUUGACGAAGAGAAGAUAACUCAAAGGAAGGAGAGAAAGCUCUUACAAAUACAGAAAAGAAAACAAACAGCCAACAACUCAAAAGUCCGUGAUAACAAAGUUCACAAUGGAAGGAAAAAUUUUAGCAGUUCUGAAAAGUCUAACGAUGGGGAUGAAUUGAACAAGCAUUAUAAUAGAAUUCAAAGUCAAUUUUAG